GGCAUACGGAAGACGCUGACUGCUGCUGUGUGCGCUGGCGGUAUCGGACUGGACAGGCUGUCUUUCCAAUCAUUGCUCCUUCAAUGACUUGAACCGACUCUGACUUCUACAGUUUCCUCUCCCAGUGGCGGUAUUCAGCUAACUAAAUGCUCUGUAUGUGAUUAACCAGGAAAGAGGGUCCUCUUCCCGACUAACAGACCUGAAGCCUUCACAUUAUCGGCGUGUGUGGGAGCAUCAUGUGGAGGAAGGCUUCAGCAGCGGCCCUGCUGGCGUUAGCUGUUGGAUAUCUCUACCAUGGCAGCCCGGAGCUGCCAGAGCAAAUUCUGCAGUAUAUCACCCUGCCAAACUUUCAGUCAUCAUCUCAGAGCCAGAACAGCCUCGAACAGGUCAUCUCAGCUGCCUGGGAGACUCUGAUCACUUUGCCGACGCGGCAGUGGAGCAAAGUAGCAGUAGGGGUGAACGCGUGUGUCGAUGUGGUCGUCUCAGGAGUGGGACUGCUGCAGGCUUUGGCUGUGGAUCCUGGCAGCGGCCUGGAUCACGAAGUGUUGCACUCCAAAGAGGACUUGAGGGAAGCCUUCAUCCAUUACAUGGAGCGUGGAGCAGCUGCCGAGCGUUUCUUCAGCGACAAGGAGUCCUUUCAGAGGAUCGCACGUGCGGCAGCGGAGUACCCCGGUGCAAAGCUGUAUGUUGGAGGGAACGCUGCCCUCAUCGGUCAGAAGCUCGCAACAUAUCCUGAUCUGAUGGUUUUAUUAUGUGGGCCAGUUGGUCCCAAACUUCAUGAGAUGCUGGACGAGCAGAUAGUCGUUCCCCCGGAUUCUCUCCAGGAGACGGACGAAUAUCACCUCAUCCUGGAGUACAAAGCAGGUGAGCAGUGGGGCUCCACUCAGGCGCCUCAAGCUAACCGCUUCAUCUUCUCUCACGAUGUGUCCAACGGGGAGAUGAGCUCACUGGAGACGUUUGUGGCGAGCCUGGAGGAGUUCGAGCCCGACCUGGUCGUCCUGUCUGGGCUCCACAUGAUGGAGGGUCAAGGCAGGGAGCUGUGGGAGGAGCGGCUGAAAGAGGCCGUGGCAGCCAUAUCUGACAUCCGUAAAGAUAUUCCCAUCCACCUGGAGCUGGCGAGCAUGACUGACAAAGACUACAUGAACAGCAUCAUGCAGGAGCAGGUUAUGCCCAUUGUCAGCUCUAUUGGGCUGAAUGAGCAGGAGCUGCUGUUCCUCUCUCAGGCCGGCGAGGGGCCUCAUGCAGACUUGGCCUCCUGGAAAGGCAUCCCAGACGUGGGCCGAGUCAGCGACAUCCUCCUCUGGGUUCUGGAGCAGCACGGCCGGAGCGACCCCUCAUCUGAGGCCGACCUCACCCGCAUCCACUUCCACACGCUGGCCUACCACAUCCUCGCUACAGUGGAUGGAUACUGGGGGAACCAGGCGGCGGCAGUGAUGGCCGGAGCACGAGUGGCCAGCAGUCAGGCCUGUGGCCUCCGGUCUGUUGACGUUAGCAAAGUGGAGCUGAAAGCCCCACUAGAGUUUCACAGCUCAUACACUGAGCCACAGGAAAAGUUGUCCCUAAACCCAGCAGAGCCCGUUACUGUGUGGCGCAGAGGGAACGUCACCUUCCACCUGACACCGGUGCUGGUCUGCAAGCAACCACUGCGGACAGUCGGGCUUGGGGACGCCAUCACAGCAGAGGGACUAGUUUACUCAGAGUUAAAGACCCAGCAGCCUUUCUGAGGUUUGCUUCAAUCUGACCAUCCAGGUGUCUGAAAAACGUUGAUGGGAUGUGCUGAGAAGACCCAGUGAAGUUUCACCUGCAGCCGCGGUUGUCGGUUCGGAGUCAUGAACCCGUUCAGACCUCCGACUCCUGAAGCAAGUUCUGUGUCUUCCUUCCCAAAGCACGACUCCACUGAGCCUAAGAACACGAUCCAUGGAGACUGUUUUAAAUCCUGCCUGAUGACACUUCCAGUCUGCUUCAGUCCUGUCUCUUCUCCCUUCUCUAGUACUCCAGCAGACACAGAAAUCGAGGUAGAACAGAACAGAACUGGAUCUCACCGGUUUGUGAGGUGUUUCUGACACUAUGCAGCUGGGCGCAGCUCAAAGCCAUCUUCACAAACUCCAAAGAGUUUGGUCGGCUCACCUAAUUUACUUUGACCUGCAUAUCUUCAGUAUGCUGUGCCUUGAGAAAACAAAAGAAUUUAAAAAUAUUUUAUUUAUAUUUUAGAGCCAAGCAGACUUAAAAUAAAGCAUCACAUAAGUUACCCUUCUAAGAUAUAUAUAUAUAUACACAUACAUAUAUAAACAUUUCUGUUUGACUGGAAACUGAUGAGCUCUGUCGUAGAAGUGGUAUUCUUGAUGUUCCCUGUUUCUUUCCAACUUUUGGUGCAUUCAUGUAAAAAUAGUCAGUAGAACACUUGAAAAUUCAUUGUCCCAUGGUUUCAACCUUUUAUUCUCAGAGUGUCUGACUUAUUUACAUGUAAUAACUGUUAUCUAGAUAUACUUGACAUUUUUGUAAUUUCUCCUGAGAGGAUCAAAGUACUAAAGAGUGCGACGACAAAGUUUCUGUUUUUCUCACUCGUGGCCGAAACACUCCCAUCAUGAAGACGUUUCAGUUUGGAGUCUUGUCAUUAGCACAAACAACAGGUAUUAUAUAGUGUUAUUAUAAUCUCUGAUGUUUGUUAAAUGUCUGAUGCAGCGGUCCUUUUUCUUUUCACCACUUAUUUGUGGUGUAGAUCAUAUUACAUUAUCAGGGUUACUGUAUUUGUUUCCUGUUCUUUUUUUUUUACAGUCUCUUUCUCUUCAGUUGUUGCUUUCCCUUCCUUUAUAAAAAUGUGAUUUACAUAACAUGAUUGGCUGGAAGAUCUAAAAAAAAGCUGGCCAGUGUAACAUACAUGCAAAAAAAAAAAAAAGCUUUCUUAUUGAAGUACAAACAUACAGGUGAAUUAUGCUUUUUCAUGGUUGUUUUUGUUGUUUUGUUGUUGUUUUUUCUUCUGAGCUUUCUUGGAAAAGCCUGCAUCAUGUUAAGAUGUAACAUGUCUGAACAAUAUGUUUGUAUACCUCAAAUGGCCACCGAAGCCAUUGCAAUAAUGGAGUCUUAAUGCAAACAUACAACAAACAUGUAUGGCAUUUUGUUUAACCGAUUUGAUUCUUUGCACUAGUAGAAAGUGGCAGGUGUGCCUGUAAAGGUGAAUGUAACCUUAACUCCAACCCCCUCUACCCCCUCCCUCUUUAUUUUUUAGCAAGUACAAUCUAUUCAACUUUACUCAUUUCAUGGUUCGUGUCUCAUGUUUUUAACAUUUGUAACUGUCGACCAGUUUCAUUCCCUUGUAGUUUGUCAUUAAAAUGUGUAUCUACAUUCAUCA